UCGUCCGCGAGGACACGCUUGCCGCGCCGGGCGCCUCCCGAUCGCGCACUGUUCCGUCUCUUCCUCCUGCGGCGCCCACAUCACCUCUUCGCCCACAAGCCUGGAAAAACAAUGUGCUUCGUCUUUGAGUGACCUCCUACCCGCCUCGCCGCAUGCAAGUUUCUCUUUUUUUCUCUGUGGGUUGCUACUGAGUGAGACGCAACUUGCGCAAAAACGUUCUCCGCACCUUGGGCUUCCGCUUGACGGUAUAUCUCACCCGUCGAAACUUGAGAGCAUAGUUUUCUGACAGGGAUAACUUCCGGGUCCGCGUUGGAGCAUUAUUCUUCGAAGAGGGGGCUGAGGCGCGUUACGUUACUUCCUUCCGAGUUGCUUGUUAGCUCACGUUACCCCGACGUAAAGUUAGUUGGGCUUAAGUUUAGCUAGUCGGUAUCAAGACUUAAUUAUAAAACUGGGGGAGUAACGUUCGUAAUUUAAAAAAGAAGGCUACCUGCAGCAGUCUUGAAGUUCGCAAAUCAGAAAAUGAUAGUCGGCACAGGGACCAAAUUGUUGCGGGCCUUUGAAGCAAAGAUACGUAGCCAAAGUUUUGUCAGAUAAAUUGUGGAUUCGGCUUCGACGACAAGAUUACGCGCGGAGAGCCAGGGGUACUACUAGGCAGAAAAAAAAGCAAGAAAAAAAAAGCAAGCACCGAAGUCCUCAAGUUCAAGUCAUCGAGAGUACAGUGGUCGUUGGAUUGUCCAUUUCGGAGCUCGAAAGCGACAUCGCAGCGCACUCGGCGAUAGAGAAGGAGGAGGAGCACCCGCAUCUGACGCAGUGGUUGAAGGGGGGACGGCGAAGGAGACGUGGCGGUGAAAAGUUCGCGAAGGACAAUGUCAAGCAAGUUGUCUUCGUUGUCAGAGGCGGUUGCCUCGCCGCGAGAACCCGUAGUCUGCGUGUUGCAGAGAUGGUCGAUGUUGGGCGUCGAGACUUAAAAGCAGGAGCUGCCGUUGCAACACAACCACCACCAUGUCCCGAUGGGGAUUGAUUCGAGCCGUCGUAUACGUGUGCUUGUGGACCGUCUCCCUCCUCUCCACGAACCUCGUGGCCGAGGCGGACGAGACAUGGUUGUCGCCGGGCCGCGAGAACGACUCCUCGUCGCCGCCACUGAGCCACGAGAAACGGCUCAUGGACUCGCUGCUGCGCCACUACGACGCCAGCGUGCGGCCCGUCAAAAACUCCUCGGAGCCUGUCAUCAUCCGGCUGGGCAUCACGCUCACGCAGAUCUUCGACCUGGACGAGAAGAAUCAAGUCCUUACAACCAUCGUUUGGCUCGACCAGGAGUGGUUCGACGAGUACCUCGUCUGGGACCCGUUGGAGUUUGGGAACUUCAGCAACCUCAGGCUGCCCUGCCACAAGAUUUGGCUGCCAGACAUCGUUCUCUACAACAAUGCGGACGACUACACGCGGGGCUAUUUCCAGACACGCGCCAUGAUCGACCCCCAGGGCCGAGUGUUCUGGCCGCCACCCACCAAGUUUCGCAGCACCUGCCCAGUGGACGUGACAUACUUUCCUUUUGACGACCAGGUGUGCACAAUGAAGUUCGGUUCUUGGAUCUACGACGGGCUUCAGGUGGACAUCCAGAAUCGCACGUCUGAGGUCGACCUGGUCAACUACAUGCCGAACGGCGAGUGGGAGCUGCUCGAGGCGCGAAUGGUGCGCAACGUGGUGUACUACCCGUGCUGUCCGGACCAGCCCUUCCCGGACAUCACGGUGGUUCUGGUUAUCAGGCGCAAGACGCUCUACUACAUGUACAACGUGGUCAUGCCCUGCAUCAUGAUGUCCGUACUCACUCUGCUUGUCUUCUGUCUACCGCCGGACUCGGGCGAGAAGAUCGCACUCGGCGUCACAGUGCUGCUCGCAUUCUCCGUGUUCAUGCUGGCCAUAGCGGAGAAGAUGCCCGAGACAUCAGAGUCCAUACCCUUACUAGGAAUCUACCUCACGGCCGUGAUGGCCAUCACAUCCAUCUCGGUCGUGAUGACAGUGAUCGUGCUCAACUUCCACUACCGUGGUCCCAGCCGCAAGGAAGUGCCGGCGUGGCUCCGCCGUUUCCUGCUCGACCGAUCUUCAUCCGGUCGCGGGUGGUUCUCGAGGCCGGCGCGCCGCAAGACAGUCGGCGACAACCACGUGCACUUCUACGACUUGCCGUCGCGCACAGCGCCUGCCAAGGACCGCUCCGACCUCGACGACGACGGCGACGGUGGCCGGCGGCCGGCCGACGAUACCUUCCGGCUCGUGGUCGACAGCGUCCUGAUCGGCGGCGAAGACCGCUACCCGCGUGGCGAGUACGCCGAGCACUCCGCGAGCAACGAGUCACCGAGCCCUGUCAUCCACGGCGACGCGGCGCGAAACAACGCCUCCGCAACAGCCAGGCACCGACGGUGUCGCAGUGGCGCAGGCAGUGGCGGCGGAUCCACUAAGCGCGUGCAGGAAGAAGUGCUGCGGACUUUGCGGUACCUACUGGAGAAGCAACAACGGGAAGAGCACCUCACCCGGACUGUAAAUGAGUGGCGACAGAUUGCGCUCGUGAUAGACCGCACGCUCUUCUGGUUCUUCCUGAUCAUCACAGCCGUCUCAUCCAUCUGCUUCCUUGUUGUCAUACCUAUGCAGAGGCGGGGACUGUGACUGUGACUUGAGCAGAGUUGUCUGCUAGUUCGUCAUAUGGUGAUGUGCUGAAAGAUAGUGGGGGGGGAGGGAGAAGAGAGAAAAAGGAUAUGUGUGUUACCGUCUUGGCUGUCUGGGGCGGUGUACGCCUUGCCUUAGUUGGGCCUGAACUUUCUGUUUGCCGUAGUCGCAGGGGGUGACAAAACAAGCCGUGGCCGAGCUGCGGUUCUGGCCCUUUCCGCGAGUAAACGCUGGAGGGCAUAUGCACUAUUUUAUUGUAAAUAAACAUUACGGCGAGUUCCCGACUAAGAUUAUUUAAAAUAGAUCUAGCAGCCCGGUUCGGCCAUGCACAUCUCAGGAUUGCACAGAUAUGUUUUAUGAACGCUUUGUUGCGCUUAAGAUGCAGUAACAGACGAAUUAGGAGAGCAUAUAAAAUAAGUAAAUAAAUAAAUAAUAAUUAAUUAAUAAAUGCACAUCUGGCUGUACCUGACAGAAAGAAAUCUUAUUUGUCAAGGCGACACGUAUUCAAAACUGCAAGCCUUUAGGUAUGUCCGAGUUUCAUUACGUAAUAUGUACUACGAGCUCCGAACUUUGUGCUUUAACACAGGCAAAAAUAACAAUGCUGCUAGUCAAGACGGUAACACAUGCCACAUAUUCAAUAUAUGAAAUUCUUGUUCACCGGAACAAUUACGAAUAUCUUGCUUGUUAAAAAUGUUUUAUUUGUGCCAGAUGGGCCGCAUGUUCGCAAGAACAAAUCAACGUGAACGAGACAACCGGCAUACAAAGUGCUGUCAGAGUGCUUGAACGCUCCGGUUCUGUGACUACAGAGAUGGGACAUUUCACUUCAUUAGCAGAAUACCUGUUCUCACAAACUUCAGCAAACACUACAUCUCCAUGGAGACAGGCCAUGCUGUUAUAUGUUAUGAAGCUUAUGCUUGUUGUUAGUGAGCUGUACCGCCACGUACAAAGCGUGUUGAAAAAGAACUUGGAGUAGUGUGCUCGAGAACAAAAUUAAAAUGCAACCGACUGCACUUAGUUAACGAGUGACAACUAUGGUGCUUGGGAUAUUUCCAGAGACUAACUUUGCCCCAACCGUCCCCGAGACAAGUUUCGCGCAAUAUUCCUUGGGGAUCUAAGCUUUAUUCAUAGUGCGACAGAGGAAGCACAUUUAUGAUUUGCUGGUCAUAUCUUAAAAACAAAAACAUCGUAGGUUGCGGCACCCACUAUCACACAAGUUACAUAGACGUGCCAAAAUAUGUAGGCAGGAAGCCUGGUUUUGUCUUUAGCAAAAUGUCAUAUUGUUCCUUUCAAGUAACUUCUGUUGUGGCAUGUGCAUGAAAGUUCCACGCCCAUUGAUUCCUCCCCCCCCCCCCCCUCUUUUUUUAGCUUCACUGUCAACAAUGAUCUUGCGGAAAAUCGUAUACAGAUAAAGUAAAGGUGUAUCAUCAGCCUUGGUACGUGCCCCAAUACACGUACCAGUUUUCUGUGAAUAUGAUAUAUAACACGCAAACCACUGAGUUCGUUAUCGAACAAACAUGUUUCUCACGCGAAUAGAUUACAGCGCUAAUAAACAGCUUUUAUUAAGCUUUAGCGUUUUGCAUCUCCUCACUGGAGAUAAAAGAGCGCGUGAAUCUUCAGAGAACUGCUCAGAGUCAUCCAAGCGCGCGUUUGCUCAAUAGUACGUUAUUAUUAGUACUUCUGCUGUAUAUAUAUGUAUGUUGUGCUAGCGAGUUGCUGUCCAUGACUUGCUGCUGUGGUAGUGAUUUUAUACAUCCAUCGUGCAAUCAUGUGGUUUGUUGCAAGCACAUGGGUGAUAAAAGAAACUACUACAGCGACCAAAAGUGUUUGUGUUCCUUCGUUGCUGUUGACGAUGAUGAGCGGUCGGUGACGUAGAAAAGUCAUCCGGAACGGUAUGUUAACGAUAAGGCAUCUUUACAUCGAGAAUACCAGCAAAAUAGAAACGAAGCGUGCAUGGAGCAACUGCGACCAAUCCACGACACUGACUUUUUGUGACUUGGUGCUUGAGGGCUCAACUCAGGGAAGCCUGAAAUUUUAACGCUUAUACGUAGCCUCGCGCACCACAACCCCCACCUUGAAGGCUGAGUCGGCCAGAAAAUAUUGUUAUCUUUUGCCUGGCUAUCGCUUGCUGUUGUGGAGCCUCCUUAAGUUCAUUUAUAUGCACCUAUACAGUCGUUCUUCUGACGCUCCAGUCAUAUCACUGCUCAGACCGAAAUGCGGACGAGGGCCUGAGCAGCGGUCUGACUUGAGCGCACGAAUUUAUGUUCUCGCACAGCACAAUUACUUGGUUAAACUUUUUUUAUCAAAUUUCAAUGUGGGUCUUGUGUUAGCCGGAGUAGGAAAUCUGCUUGCAUCCAUGCACGCGUGCUGCAUUAGCCUUACUUGUGUUUCUUUGGCCACGAAAUAUUUUGUUCCUGUUCUUCCAAUAAAUGACCACUAUCGUAGUGACUCUUUCUUC